AUGGCUUUAUCAUCAUCUUCUUCUUCUUCUUCUUCUCCUCCUUCUUCAAAGUUUCCUAAAUGGUCUCCGAGUGGAAUGCCGGCGGCACAACGAGAAGCCGGAGAAGAAGAAGAACAACAACAAGAAGAAAUAGAAAUGCAAAAGAUCGGUUCGAGCCACAGAUCAAAGUGGAGUCAGCUUCCAGCCUUUCCUUUUAGUAGAUCUUUAGUAGGUUCCAUAAGGUUGUUCUCAUCAGAGAAGGUAGAGGAGAUGAUGAAUACAACAAAGAUAGAAAUGACGUCGGAGAUGAUCGAAGUAGAAGGUGGUGCAUUGCUCACUUGGAAAGAUCUAUGGGUGUUUGCUACUGAUGGUAAGGGAAAGCAGCUUACUAUUCUUGGUGGAGUAUCAGGCUAUGCUUUGCCAGGAGAAGUUCUUGCUAUUAUGGGACCAUCUGGUUGUGGCAAAUCUACACUUCUUGAUACCUUAGCAGGAAGAUUACAAUCAAAUGCAAAGCAGAAAGGCAACAUAUUAGUCAAUGGCCGAAGACAAACCCUUUCAUUUGGAACUUCGGCAUAUGUAACUCAAGAUGACACACUCAUGACGACGCUCAGUCUCACAGUCAGAGAAGCCAUACACUACUCAGCACAACUACAAUUACCGAACACGAUGACGAUCACGCAAAAGAAAGAGAGAGCCGAAACAACAAUAAAAGAAAUGGGAUUAAAAGAUGCAGCAGACACAAGAAUUGGAGGGUGGAUGUCUAAGGGAAUCAGUGGAGGGCAGAAAAGGAGAGUGAGCAUUUGCAUGGAAAUCUUGACAAGGCCAAAACUUUUGUUUCUUGAUGAGCCAACAAGUGGGCUUGAUAGUGCAGCUUCAUUUCAUGUUAUGAGUAGGAUUGCAGGUCUGGCUCAACGUGAAGGGAUCACUGUGCUCACUGCCAUUCAUCAACCGAGUAGUGAAGUGUUUGCCCUGUUUCAUAACCUUUGCCUUCUUUCUGGUGGCAAAACAGUCUAUUUCGGCCCCGCCUACAUGACUAAUGAGUUCUUCGAAAGGAGUGGCUUCCCAUGCCCAUCACAAAGGAACCCUUCUGAUCAUUUCCUCAGAACAAUCAACAAGGACUUUGAUGAGGAAAUUCAAGAAGUCCAAGAUGAUGAAAUAACUCAAACAACAACAACAAGUGCUGCCAAAGCAACUGAAAUCCUAGUGAAAUCAUACAACUCAUCAAAUACAUUUCAAGAAGUCACACAAAGGAUUGCUCUCAUAAAUGAGAAGGGAAAUGGUGAGCUAAUAAAGAGGAGAUCACAAGCAAGCUUCUUAACACAAUCCUUUGUCUUGAUAAGAAGAUCAUUUGUCAAUAUGUACCGAGAUUUAGGUUAUUAUUGGUUGCGGUUUGCCAUUUAUAUUGCUCUUUGCCUCUGCGUUGGUACUAUUUAUCAUGAUAUAGGUCAUGAUUAUGGUUCUAUUCAAGCUAGAGGUUCUAUGCUCAUGUUUGUUGCUGCAUUCCUCACCUUCAUGGCCAUUGGUGGUUUCCCAUCCUUUGUUGAAGACAUGAAAAUAUUUGGACGAGAAAGACUAAAUGGGCACUAUGGAGUACUGACCUUUGUCAUCGGCAAUACAAUCUCAUCAAUCCCAUACUUAGCCAUAAUCUCCAUAAUUCCGGGACCCAUAGCAUACUACUUAGUUGGCCUUCAAAAUAGCUUUCAACACUUUGCCUACUUUUCCCUAGUCUUAUUCACAUGCAUGAUGCUCGUUGAAAGUUUGAUGAUGAUGGUUGCAAGCAUAGUUCCGGACUUUUUAAUGGGAAUAAUAACAGGGGCAGGGAUUCAAGGUGUAAUGAUGCUUAAUGGAGGCUUCUUCCGUUUGCCUAAUGAUCUUCCAAAACCCGUUUGGAAAUACCCAAUGUAUUACAUUGCAUUCCAUAAGUAUGCAAACCAAGGGUUUUAUAAGAAUGAGUUCUUGGGGCUUUCUUUCCCAAAUGGUAAGGUUGGAGGAGUUAUUAGUGGUGAUGAGAUUUUGAGGGAUGUUUGGGAAGUGGAAAUGGGGUAUUCAAAAUGGGUGGAUCUUGGGGUGUUGUUUGGGAUGGUAGUUCUUUAUAGGGUUUUGUUCUUGGCGAUUAUUAAGUUUGGUGAGAAGGUGAAGCCUAAGGUGAAGAUGGUUUUAGCUAGAUUUGCUAGUAAUUCUACUAGAGUUAUUGAUCCACCAUUAUCAAGCUUUUGAUCUAUUUUACUAAUACCCUUAGUUUGAGUUUGAGUUGAGAGAAUAAUUGAAUAAACAACUUGGUGUUGUUUAUUUGUUUUAUGUGUCUUUGUUUUUAUUUGUUUUUGGAGAUGUAUGUGAAUGUAAGUGAACAAAUGUGUAAAUUUGGAA